GCUAAAAUAGACAACAGCUGAUGCUUCUCAAACUUUGCAACAUAAUGUUCACGUGAUGAUGCAUUUACCCGUAUAACAUAAAGCAGCGUAACAAAUCUUGUGUGUAAAGAACUAAUGUUUUAGAUAUUAGACCGUUUAAGUCAAUCCAUGGUCUGUUAUUUAAAUGUCGAGCUUGUAAGUUUAUCUUUCGUGAUUCAGUAUAUUAUUGGACAGCAUAGCUUUCAUCAGAUUGUUAGUCUAAUGUAUUGCUGUCUUAAGCAUGAGAAGUCAUUUGCACAGACAUGGAUAAAUAUGAGAGACUGAAGAAAAUUGGUGAGGGAUCCUUUGGGAAAGCCAUCCUGGUCAAGUCGAGGACAGACGGUCGACAAUAUGUUAUCAAGGAGAUUGGCAUCUCCAGGAUGUCGAACAAAGAAAGGCAAGAAUCCCGUAAAGAGGUUGCAGUUCUGGCUAACAUGAGCCAUCCAAACAUUGUCCAGUACAAGGAAUCCUUUGAAGAGAGUGGUUGCUUGUACAUAGUAAUGGACUACUGUGAGGGAGGAGACCUGUUUAAGAAGAUCAAUAAUCAGAGAGGGACUCUAUUCCCUGAGGAACAGAUUCUUGACUGGCUUGUGCAGAUCUGCCUGGCUCUGAAACAUGUACAUGACCGCAAAAUCCUACACAGGGAUAUCAAAUCACAGAAUAUUUUUCUGACCAAAGAUGGUACCAUUCAGCUGGGUGACUUUGGAAUUGCUAGAGUUUUGAACAGUACCGUGGAGUUGGCGAGGACGUGUAUUGGCACACCUUACUACCUGUCGCCAGAGAUAUGUGAAAAUAAACCAUACAACAACAAGAGUGAUAUCUGGGCCCUGGGAUGUGUCCUAUAUGAAAUGUGCACGCUUAAGCAUGCAUUUGAGGCCGGAAACAUGAAGAAUCUGGUGUUAAAAAUCAUCCGUGGUUCGUACCCACCUGUUUCCGUGCAUUACUCCCAAGACUUGCGCUCUCUCCUGGCCCAGCUGUUCAAGCGCAACCCCCGGGAGAGACCCUCCGUCUCAGCCAUUUUGGACAAACCUUUUCUUGCUCGCAGGAUUCAAAAGUUUCUCAGCCCUCAGAUUAUUGCUCAGGAAUUCAGCCACUCACUUCACCUUCAUCAGCCUAAAAUGAGUGUAGCCCAGGGAGCGCCAGCCAAACGGCCUGCCCCAGGCCCCAUCCCCAUCUCCCCAGCUCAGAAAAUCACAAAGCCAGCAGCCAAAUAUGGAGUGCCUUUAACAGUCCGAAGACCAUCUGACGCCAUCAGAAAGGUCCCGGAUGCGGCAAAGAAACCAGUCAAACUCAAGCAGGCUCCCCCUCCUGCAGCAGCUCAGAGGAGAGUGAGUCGAGUGGAGGAGGAGAGGAGGAAGCAUGAGGAAGGAGUGAGGAAGAAACGGGUGGAGAUGAUGGAGAGGGAAAGAAAGCAAAGAGAACAGAUGUUGUUACUGAAGGCUGCUCAGAUGAAGAGAUUUGAGAGGGAAAAGCUGAAUCGGAUAAACCGGGCUCGGGAGCAGGGCUGGAGACACGUGCUCAGUUCCAGUGGAGGCAGCAGUCCUGAGCGAAAGUUUUAUGGAGGUGGAGGUGGUGGCAUUGGAGCUCCAUAUUCCCCUGGAAUAGGCCCAUCCCCUGUGCCUGGCCCCACCCAUGCUCCUGCUUUAGCUCCAAGCAGAGCACCAUAUGACCAUGUCCACACAGCAGCUGAAAAACCAUCCAAACCUCCACCUAAAGAUGGCGCUGGGGAAGGAGCCAAGUCUUCAGGGGACAAUGCCAGCACUGCUAUAGACUCAGGGUCGCUGAAUGGUCAUGCCUGCAUCCCUCUUAAGGAUGUCGUCAGGAAAGAACCACGUAAAGCAAGUCUCCAAAACGAGCAGAUUUCAAAGAACGACUAUGCCCACAGGUUUCGAGGUCAGAUGGUGGCAGAGAGGGGUAAACAAGUGGAAGAGUUUCUACAGCGGAAAAGAGAAGCCAUGCUGAAUAAAGUCCGUGCGGAAGGACAGCUGGGGGCCCGGCAAAACCUGGCCGCCAUCUUUGCAAGCUGGACAAACUCCUCCCGAUGCAGGAGACCCCAAGUCAACAAAGAGGAGGAGGAAUACUUGGCGAGAUUGCGACAGAUCCGACUACAGAACUUUAAUGAACGCCAGCAGAUCAAAGCUCGUCUCAGAGGAGAGAAGUAUGACAGUGACGGCUCAGACAGUCAGGAGUCAUGUGAAGAGGCAGUACUCAGGAGGAAGAAGAUCGAGGCGUUAAAGGCCCAGUCAAAGGCUCGUGCUGCUGUAAUUAAAGAACAGCUGGAAAAGAAGAGAAGAGAAGCAUAUGAGAGAGAGAAGAAAGCAUGGGAGGAUCAUCAGCUUGUUGCACGAGGGGUGAAGGUUGCUGUUGGAGCUGUGGGCGGAGCUCCACCUCCUGCAGCCCCUGCCACUCAGCCAUCUGACUCCACCCCUCAGGAAGAGGCUUCCAAAGCCACACCCUCCUCUAGACCCACCUCUCCAGUUAUCUCCAUGACUGCUGCUCUGAAGGAUGUGGGCGCGAUUUCAUCAGGACAGAGUUCUCCUAUGAAAGAGGACUCCCUUAAAGCAGAAACAUCAGGUGUACAGAGUGACAAGAAGGAGAUUCUUCACAGACUUAAUCAGAAGAUCCAGACCACUGAGGAAGAAGCAGUGAAAGAUGCCACACCUUGCAGCAUUGCACCAUGCCCAACUCCUCAGCAGAUCCAGCCUUCCAUCACAGAAGAAAGAUCUCCUGCAGCUGGUGAUAGGAGGAAAUGGGAAGCUGUAGCUCCACCCAUAUUGUCUGUAGCCGAACAAACUCUUGAUGAGACCUGUGGAACUCUGGCAGUGUCUCAGGUGGCGUCUCCAGAGACGAAUGCCCCCUCUGGAGGAGACAGGAAGAAGUGGCAGACUGAGGGUGCCCCUCUUCUGUCUGUGGCUCAGCAGACUCUGGAAGAAACUAGCUUUACAACAGCAGGUCAGCUAACAGAAAAAACAGCCGGUGAAGUCAUUUGCAUGGAGGAGGGGCUAAGGAAGGCUUGGGGGCGGAGUCCAGACUCAGAGGUUUUGAAGGUGUUGGAAGAGGCAGAGCUCCAGCCCUUUACCCAGAAACUAGAUCCCGCCAGCACCUGUGACCACACACUGACAGAAAGCCUUAAUCUGAUUGAAGAGCCUUUAGAUGUCACUCAUGAAGCCAAAGAAGUGCCUCUUCCUCAGCCAUGCCAGCCUGCCAUUGGCCUUGCCAAACAAGAAGUGACAUGUCAGGAGACGGUGCCAAUCACAGCAGAGGUUAAAAGUCAGGAACUAAUCCUACAAACAACAGAAGAGAUUCAAAAGACUCCAUGUGGAGAAAGUGAGACAGAGGUGGUGGAUGAUAUGGAGUCAGUAGUUCUAGAUGAAGCCUCUCAGCAAACCUCAAAGCCACCCCCAGCAGAUGUAAUGCAAGCGUGGACAAAUGACACUGCAGUGUCUCCGCCAGCAGAUGGCAGAGUAAUACAAGCAGAGUGCACAGAGAUGAUGCAAAGAGAAGAAAAACACCCUGAACCUGCAGUAGAUGAGUCUUUGUUUGUGAAGCUAAGCAGUAGUCCUGCUCACAAACGAGCAGUAGCAUUGGCCAUCCUGUCUGCUCAGUCCUCACUGGAAGACUCUUCCUCUGUCGCAUCACGUUCCCGCUCUGUCUCUCCACUGCGUUCCCAAAGGCAUGGCGACGCACUUCUUAUUGGCCUCUCUACUGGCCUCUUUGACACAAACAACCCAAAGAUGCUGAGGACGUGCUCCUUACCAGACCUCAGUAAAUUAUUCAGUGAUGCUGCAGAACCUGAAGUUGCAGUCGCUCCUGACAGCAGCCUGGAGAUUGAAGAUCUGGAGGAUAAAGUGGAUGAGCACUCUGAAACUGAGGAUGUUUAUGAGGACGAUGAUUUGAGGGAGCUCAGAGCAUCUAUGGAGAGGCUUCUUCAGGAGCAGCACAGUGAUGAUGAAGAUGAUGACGAAGAGGACGACGAUGGCGGUGGAUCCAACAGUAGUCCAGCUGAUGAAGAGGCAGCUGGUCUUAAUGGGUUGGCUAGUGGUGGUGUUGACAAAUGCAGUCCAGAGGAGGAGUGUUUUAAUGGAAUGGCUGAGGAAGAUGAUGAUGUUAGCCAUGGUGAAGAAGAGCCAGGAGGGCCAGUUACUAAUGGAAUGGAGGUUGAGGAGGAUGAAGAGCAGAACAGUAGUGAAGGCCAGCUCAAUGAGGAGUGGCAGUCUGAUGACAGUGAGAAAGAGGACGAGGAAGACCUAGAGCAACAGGACAGUAUCUUCAGUCGUCUUGAGGAGCUGCGUUUCCAUCUAGAGCAGGCCAUGGGCUUUGAGAACUUCAUUUUAGCCUACAACAAGAUCAAGGCUAUUCAUGAGGAUGAAGAUGAGAACAUUGCGAUGGGCUCCAGCAUGGUGCAAAGCAUUUUGGGAACCAAGCACCAACACUUGUAUCCUAAAAUCCUCCAUUUGGUGAUGGCAGAUGGAGCUUACCAGGAAGAUAAUGAUGAAUAGAAGUUAUUCAUCCAUGCUGUUGGCAGCCUUGGACAAUCUGCUGGCAGGCUGAAGUGUUCCCAUGAUGCACUCUGACAGGCUGAGGAGGUGCAUGUCGAGGAAGGGGGGUUUCAAAGAGUGGGGGUAAAAAGGGAAAUGGUCCACUCAAGCAUGGGCAGUUUAGAGUCCACGGUUGACUGUAGUUCUACUUCCAUAUCCCAAGUCACUGAAGCACUACUUUGUAAAUUUUGUGCAUAUAAAUGUGCUGUGGAUAAUAAUAUUUAACCAAAGCAUAGCUGAGUGUUAGCAGGUGACAAGAAGUCUCCAACAGAGAUGUACAUGUGUGUCCUCCUAGCUGAUGACAGACUGUAUGUGAAAUGCUGCUUGUGCUCUAUUCACAACAGCUGAAGCCAUGAAAACUGCUUUUUAAAGCUCUAGACUGGCCAGGGAGGUCUAGUUUAAGGGGUCAGAGGUCAAUUAUCUGCCCAAUAUCAGGUGCUCGCACACAACAGGCAGCAGGUUCUAACCAGCUGUCUACCUCAGAAAACAGAUCAGUCUAAACGUCUUGUCUAAAAAAAUCCAGACUUCUCAAAUUUUCUAGACCUCUUUUUCUACUUUUUACACAUCGUUUACAUAACAUGCUCAAAUUAUUUAGCCUUAGCUUUCAAGAUUUCUUACUGGUAAAUCUUAAAGCAUUAUUUCUAUGCAGAUGAAGUGCUUAUCGGGGGUUUUAACAUGAUAGUUCACCCAAAAUUAAUAUUCUGUUAUCAUUUACUCCCCCUUAUGUUUUUUUUGUUUAUUAAAUGAAUCACAAGGACCCCAUUGACUUUCAUUGUAAAGAAAAAAUCAUACAGGUUUGGAACUGCGCAAAAUUAAAAGUGUGAGUAAAUGAUGAUAGAAUUUUCAUUCUUGGUGACCCGUCACUAUAAGAGCAUUUAUAAAUGCUGUGCACAUGCUUUAUGCAUGAUGUAUUCAGCUGCACCUCCAGUGGGUUGUAUUAAAUGACCUCUUUGUUUUAGUUGCUGGCAAAAUAUGGCUUGAAAGUGUACAGAAAGUCGUUAAAUAAUUUGCAAGCAUUACUGUUUGUUUGCAUGUCCGGAUAUGUAUAUCUUUGUACUGAGAAAUAAACGUCUUUUUUUUUUUUUUUUU